AGAUGAUGCGCGGCAGCCGCAGUCGGAGUCAAAUGACGCGGAGCACGCAGUGCAAGGUGCCCGGCGAACGGAGCCAGUUUUCCAGGAACAGCAGGUCCAAUCUCGCGGCGAGGCUCUGGGUUCAGCGAAAUGAUGGUGCGCCACUCGCUGUCUCCCUCCUGCAGUCACUGAUGGCACCCACGAGCAGCAAGCCCUCAAAACAACAAGCAGAUGAGCAGGGACCAGAGAACAAGCAACAACAGGAGGUACCUCAACAACAACAACAACAACAACAACAACAACAACAACUUAAACAACAACAACAACAACAACAACAACAACAACAACUUAAACAACAACAACAACAACAACAACAACAACAACAACAACAACAACAACAACAGCAGCAGCAGCAGCAACAACAGCAACAGCAACAACUUAAACCACCUAAACAAGAAGAAGAAGAAGAAGAGCGGUGUUAACAUGUGCGCGUGCGUGUGCUCGAUGCAAACACACGUAAAAGCAAACUAGAAGGACCUCUGUAUGGCAAAGAAAAACGCGACAUGCGCUUACCAGGACCC